GUUCCGGUUAACCUCUUGCACCACUUCCUGUCAUAAACCAAAUAUCAUUAUUAACAAAUGUCAACACUUAAUUAACCAUGUACCGACAUUAUUUAAAAUUACGUCCGGUGUUAUCACACAAUUUCAGCUCCAAGCGUUCCUACAGCAAGCCAGCUUUCGACAAAACCGUAGCUGACACCUACAGUAUUAAAGAUGAAGUUUUUAUCGGAAGGCCACUGUACAUGGACGCACAAGCCACAACACCACUUGAUCCCAGAGUCUUGGACGCAAUGUUACCUUAUCUGACGUCAUACUACGGCAAUCCGCAUUCGCGAACGCACGCCUACGGUUGGGAGUCCGAGGCUGCUGUUGAAAAGUCUCGAAAACAAGUCGCUAGUAUCAUAGGAGCUGAUCCUAAAGAAAUAAUUUUUACGUCUGGGGCGACUGAGAGUAAUAAUAUUGCAGUGAAGGGAGUGGCGAGGUUUUAUGGAGCGAAAAAGAAACACAUUAUUACCACACAAACUGAACAUAAAUGUGUGUUGGAUUCCUGUCGCGCGAUGGAAGCUGAGGGUUUCAAAGUCACGUAUUUGCCGGUCGGAACAAAUGGAAUUAUCAGUCUUGAAGAUCUGGAUAGGACUAUCACUCCAGAAACGUCCCUAGUUUCCAUAAUGACUGUGAAUAACGAAAUAGGAGUCAAACAACCAAUUGCCGAGAUUGGGCGACUUUGUAAACAGAAGAAAGUCUUCUUUCACACAGAUGCGGCCCAAGCCGUUGGCAAAAUCCCACUCGAUGUUAACAGCAUGAACAUCGAUUUAAUGUCGAUUAGUGGGCACAAAAUAUACGGCCCUAAAGGUGUUGGGGCUCUAUACGUGAGGCGACGGCCUAGAGUUCGAGUUGAACCGGUGCAGAGUGGCGGGGGCCAAGAACGGGGCAUCAGAAGUGGCACCGUUCCAACGCCCUUAGCUGUAGGAAUAGGUGAAGCUUGCGCUAUUAGUGAGAGGGAGAUGCCGUACGACCACGCUUGGAUGGAAAAGUUGAGCAAGAGGUUAAUUGAUACGAUUUUCGGCGCUUUGAGUCACGUGGUUAGGAAUGGAGACCCUGUCGAGACGUAUCCGGGGUGCGUCAACCUGUCUUUUGCUUUUGUUGAAGGGGAAUCACUCCUGAUGGCAUUGAAGGACGUGGCGCUGUCUAGCGGAUCAGCUUGCACUUCAGCCUCUUUGGAGCCGUCAUAUGUUUUGAGAGCCAUAGGGACUGAUGAAGACCUGGCUCACAGUUCAAUCAGGUUUGGGUUUGGUCGCUUCACCACAAUGGAAGAGGUGGACUACACUGCAAAAAAGUGCAUCCAACACGUGACCCGAUUGCGCGAAAUGAGCCCCUUGUGGGAAAUGAUUCAGGAAGGGAUUGACCUAAAGACCAUCAAAUGGUCCCAGCAUUGAACAUACUCAUUGUAAUAAUUUCUCAACAAUAAACUUUAUUUUAUCACAACAAUAAAUCUCAUAGUACAAAAUUACAA